AUGAUCCUCUUUACCUUAUUCUUCUUCUCCAAGAUGAAAACACUUGUGCUUUUAUCCUGUCUAUCGCUUGUCUUUGCUAUCCCCAAUAUCAACCAAGCCAAACCUGAAUAUAAUUUCGUGCUUCCUGACGGAUUAUUUCCUGACGACGUUGUCCAUGCAGCCUCCGUCCAGUCCGACUCAGUGGUGCCUAUGAUCGUCAUGGACGAAAAGGACUUGCCUGCACCUUCUGUUCAACCCAAUCUGCAUCGCAACCAAGUCUCUCAGGGAUACAAACACAUGGGCAUGGGCAACGGCUACAUCAAAAUUGCACCCCUCAUGCCUGAUGUUCAAUACGACCUCUCGCUUCAACGACAACAAUGGGCCCAUUCUUUGUUGGACAAAGAUGAGUCUAAACCAGGCGACACACCUGGUAGGAAAUACAAGCAGUUGGUCGGCAUGAGCGAUAAGGGACAGACACAGAAAGUCAAUGUACCUGCUUAUGAGAACAAAUCUGUGGUUGCUUCCUUAGCUCAUAAACUGUCUCAAGAAAUUGAGAAAAUAUAUCCAGAAGGCGUCUCUGAACAAAGAAUGGUGGGUGUGGAUCAACAUGGUAUGAUGCGAUACUUGAAUAUACCUCAUUAUAGUCGUAUGGCAAACCCUCAUAAAUAA